GCGCUGCCAAGGCCGUCGGCGAAGUGCUCCCGAGCACCAAGGGCAAGUUGACUGGUAUGGCUUUCCGUGUGCCAACCCCUGACGUCUCUGUCGUGGAUCUCACCUUCACUUCCGAGAAGGACACUUCCAUCGAGGAGAUUGAUGCUUUGAUGAAGAAGGCGUCAGAGACCUACAUGAAGGGAGUUCUGUCCUUCACUGAUGAGGAGUUGGUGUCCAGCGACUUCAUCCACAAUGUGAACUCUUCGAUCUAUGACUCCAAGGCCACCUUGCAGAACAACCUCAAGGGAGAGAAGCGCUUCUUCAAGAUUGUGUCUUGGUACGACAACGAGUGGGGCUACAGCAACCGUGUGGUUGACUUGCUGAUGUAUAUGAUUGCAACCAAGAUCGGCAUCAACGGUUUUGGCCGCAUUGGUCGCAUGGUCUUCCAGGCCAUCUGUGACCAGGGUCUCCUCGGGACUAAGCUGGAUGUGGUUGGUGUGGUGGAUAUGUCUACCGAUGCAGAGUACUUUGCGUAUCAGAUGAAGUACGACACCGUGCACGGCAAGUUCAAGCACGAAGUGAAGAUUGGUGAGAAGGACGAGCUGAUCGUGAACGGCAACAAGAUCAAGUGCAUCCAAGCAAGCCGAGAGGGUCCCAAGGCCUUGCCAUGGAAGGAAAUGGGAGUGGAGUAUGUGAUUGAGUCCACUGGGCUUUUCGUCGAGGCGGAGAAGGCCGCUGGACACAUUGAGGCAGGUGCCAAGAAGGUGAUCAUCUCCGCCCCUGGCAAGGGUGAUUUGAAGACCCUGGUUUGCGGUGUGAACCACACUGAGUAUGACAAGGCCAACCACAACGUGGUGUCCAAUGCCUCCUGCACUACCAACUGCUUGGCUCCUGUCGUGCACGUGCUCUUGAAGGUUGGCUCGGACG